ACGCUAUAAAUGUGAUAUUUGUGAAAAAUUCUUUACUAGCAGAAGCGUCCUUGAAUGUCAUAUGGUUAUACACACUGGAGAGAAGAAUUAUAAUUGUGACCUCUGUCAUAAAGCCUUUUCUCAAAAAAGUCAUGUUAAGAGACACAUGUUAGUACACACUGGCGAGAAGAAUUUCAAGUGUGAAAUCUGUUCCAAACAAUUUUCAGAUAAAGGUAAUUUUAAGAGGCAUAUAAAAAUUCACAGUAGGGAGGAGGAUGACAAAGCAUCAUAUGAAAGAGAGGAUGCAUGUAUUACAGGAAAUCAUUUAAAUACUAAAGAGAAGAAGUAUAAAUGUAGCCUCUGCCUUAAAACAUUUUCUCAAAAAAGUUAUGUAAAGAGACAUAUGGUAAUACACACUGGUGAAAAAAAUUUUGAGUGUGAAUUCUGUUUUCAACAGUUCCCAGAUAGUGGUAAUCUUAGUAGACACAGGGAAAUACACAUUGGGGAGAACGUUACGAGUGAUAAUCAUGACAAAGCCUUUUUGGGGAGAUGUCAAUUAAAGUUGCAUAUGGUUAAACGCACUUGUGACGAGAAUUAUAAAUGUGAUAUCUGCAAGAAAGGAUUUUCUCGAAGAAGUUCUUUAAAUGCACAUAUAUCAAUACAUGCUAGCGAGGAGAAUUUUACUUGCAAAAUCUGUUCAAAACAAUUUUUAUAUGGUUGUAACUUGCGGAAACAUAUGGUGAUACACACUGGGGAAAUGAAAUAUACAUGUGGACUCUGUAAAAAGACGUUUGCCAGAUGUAACGAUGUUAAGAGACAUAUGUCAAUUCACGCUCAUAAGAGGUGUCAGGGACCGGAAGAACUAGAAAUUAGCUUAUAAUUGAAAAGGAUUUGUUUUGACACAUUGUCAAGAAAAGUUAUUGUAACUUCCCUGUCAGAAGAGCCGUCAAGGAUGAAGACGAUAUCGAUGUAUCUUUGAUUAUUUUUUGAUUAUUUACAUUAAAAAUUUAAAAUGUC